GCCGGUAUACUUGGACGCGGAUACACACAUGACACAGGACGGACAGACAGUUAGAGAGACAGACAGUCAGGAAGGAGCAGAAACUUCUUUCUCCUCUUUUCUACAGGACCAUUGCAGUGAUUUCACCUGAACCUGAGACAGGAAAGGAAAGGAUCGACUAACUGAUUCUCCCUCUGAGCUCUCAUAAUGUCAAUGCACAGCUACAGUGACAGAGAAAUGGCCAUUCCUCGGAUGUUCAACUCCAACGCUCCGUUUGUCAUCGUGACCGGGGGAUCUGAGCUCUCGUUUGUUGGCAAGGAGGACGACAGCCAAGCGUGCGAGGAGGAAAAGGAGUCGCUGGUCCAAGCUAUCACCCCCCAUCUGAGUCGAGUGAUGCAGCACGGCACUGCCAAGCAUGUGGUCAUAGCGGGGCAGGAAGUGUCUGAGGAGAACGCAUGCGUCUCCAUAGUGGCACAGGCUCAGAGAGAAGACUUUCAGGAGUUCACCCCUUCCAACACAGAGUGCCCGUACUCGAGAUCCCAGCUGCUUAAAAAGAACAGGCCUCUCAGCAAGGAAACUGCACUCACGAGUGACACAGAAGACGAGGACUUCGACGGCGCCACCAAACUCCCGCACUACCACCUGCAGAGGAAACAGCGCAGGAAAAUUAAGACACGACAAAGCGAGGUGGAAGGGGAAGAACCUCCGAUCAUCAGGGGCCUGUGGGUGCAGGAGAUUGAUUGGUUGAGAUCAGCAGACAGAGAGAUGACAUCAUCUACUGAAAUCAUACCGCCGCCUCCUCAGUUUACUGACUCAGUCUCACACCCUCGCAGCCGUGCAGACCCGCACUCCUGUGUGUAUGAAGGUCACAGCAGUGCAGAUGUGUGUGACUGUGUCAGGGGAUUAGAGGAUGUGUCACUAUCAGAGGACCAGCACAGAUCAAUAGACACAGAGGACACAUCCAGCACUGAUGACAGAGGAGACUCAGACUCUGACUGUGCCGAAUCUAUUUACACUCAUGAAAGUGAGUCAGACUCUUCUUACUGCGGAGAGGAUGACAUACAAGUGCGAGACAGGUUUAUAGUUGAAGCCAGCGUGUCAAAUCUGACCUUUGACUUGAUGGGAGUGUCCGGUUUUAACUCCUCAUCCUCCCACGGUCAGUGGGACUCUGACUUCUCCAGUGGUUCCACAAGGGCUUCAGGGUGUGCACAAAGCCUGUUGGGAAAUUCAGACUCCACAUACACUCCCUUGCUCACUGUAAAUACAUCUCCGUGUGUGUUUAGUCUUGCUGACGUGAGCGAUAUUGACACAGUUUUGGACGGCCUGAGAGGAAGAGUGAUGCGGAUGCCAAAACUCUUUGUUUCACCUUUUUUCGAAGAUUUGAAAAAACAGACUCUGAAUGACUGGAAACAAAGUGUACCUGUCAAUGAAGGACUCAUAUUUCAUCAUCAACUCCAGCCUAAUAGUUCUCAGUACAGGGAGGGAGAGGAAUAUCACAUCCAAAACCACAUCCAGAACGGCUCAUACGGUGAUGUAUUCUGUGUUCGGGACAGAAGGACUGGAUUCAAAUGUGCGGCCAAGAGGAUUCCACUGAGUCAUUUUAGCAGAGAGGAGGUGAACACGUGGAGCACUCUGAACUCUCCUCAUGUUGUGGAGCUCUUCGGGGCUGUGAGGGAGGGGCUGAACGUUAUGCUCUUCAUGGACUUGAAACCAGCUUGUUUGGCCCAGCUCUUAAAAGAGAUGAAAACCCUACCUGAGGAUUUGGCCCUGCACUACCUUCAUCAGACACUGGGGGCGCUGGAACACCUGCACCACAGAAAGGUCCUGCACCUGGAUGUCAAAGUUGACAAUGUGCUGCUGUCUGCAGACUGCAGAGACACAUUCCUCUGUGACUUUGGUCUCUCAGAGACAUUAGAUGACAAUGGAUGGAGCACGAAGGCCUUCAGGGGAGCUGCCUUCCCCGGCACAGAGACCCACAUGGCUCCUGAGGUGGCACGAGGGGACCAACUGUGUGCCAAGGCCGACGUGUGGAGCAGCUGUUGUAUGCUACUGCACAUGCUCAACGGAUGCCACCCAUGGAUACGUUACUAUUCCCAUCCACUGUGUCUCCAGAUUGUCAACGAGCCUCCACCGCUGUGGGAGGUGCCGUCCAACUGUAACAAUUUCACAGCCAAAGUGUUCAGGGCCGGACUCCAGAAGGACCCCGACAGACGAGCAUCGGCAAAGGAGCUCAGGAAGAAAACCACCAAGGCCCUCAGAGCAGUUGGAGGUCUGAGUCCCUGGUCCGUCGAAACCGCCUGUGAGAAACUGUAUCACAGCAAGACUGAAGACACCCCCCGUUCUUUGUCACCAGGGAUCCCCGUCACCCCGAAUAAACCACCCGCUCCCGUCUCAGCUCCCACGAUGUACUGGGUGAGCCCCUGGAGAACCACGGCGGUGGACGAGGACAGCGAUGACCUGGAGGACGGUGACUCAGACCAAGAAGUGGAGACGGAUUCGCUGAGUAGAGAGUGGGAAUCCCAGCCAAAAUCACUGCGGGAUGAUUACAUCGCAGAUGAAAAUGACUGGGACACUGGGUCGGAUUCGGAAGUGGACAUCUAUAUGGGAGAGGAGGAAUAUAUUCAGGAGAAGUGGCUGAAAAAUGACAGGGACUAUGAGGGGGAUUGGGAAGAGGAGGAAGAUGAUGAAGAGGAGGAGGAGGAGGAGAAGGAGGAGAAGGAGUGGGACUCUUCCGUGUCUACAGAGUACCUCCGUGCUCUGCGAGGCCUUUUCCCUUUGCUGCAAAAAGCCCGACAGACAAAUAACAGUUCGGGGGGAUCAGAACCGGAGCUGGAAUACAUCAGAGACGGUGUAGCUCUUGGCACCACAAUCCAGGCCCCCUCCCCUGAACCUCGAGACGACCCUCCGUCCUGUUUCAGCUCUUCGGACUCAUCGCAGAUCGAUGACUCAGACAAGGAGUCCGAUCGUUCGUCUGAUGACCUCAGCUCUGGAGUCUUUUCCUCCUGCAACAGUCACACAGAUGGACACUUGGAGUGGUUGGCCUCAGCCAAUCAGCCCUCCUCAUACUGCUUUGAAGGUGUUGACAUCUGGAUAGAGAACGUCCAGGGCGAGUGUCUGAGGAUUCGGGAACGCCGGCAGGUCAAAGUUGGACAUGUUGCGAUAGGAAUUAGUGAUCAGAUCUCAGGGAAAGCCUUUACUUUGGAGACCCUGGACAGGAAGACGGUGCCCUUUGAACAAGAGAUCAAAGAGUCUUGUCUGUGGCUCCGCUGUGUUCCUGCUCCGGACAGAUGUCAGCGCUGGAGGUGGAGGGUCAGAGAGGGCAAGCUGGAACUACGAGAAUGAGACAUUUUUGUUGUUUUUCUUUUGUUGUUGUUGUUGCUUGCACAUGAUUAUUUACUGUUUGUUCUUAAGCCAUGUGGUCAAAAAAAAAUGCAUUUACAUAUAGAUAAUGUGUUGUCGAUUCAUUUUCCUGCGUGAAAGUUGGAUAGCGAGUGUUGAUGGUGAGAAUUUGAGAUUAGUAAAUUUUCUCAUAAAAUAUUACAAGAUGUGAUUUUAAAGAUAGUUUUCUAUUUGUAAAGAUGAUUUCCUCAGUUUAUAUUAAACCAAAGAACUUAGUAUAUUACAGUAUGUUUUUGUUCCCUCUAUGCUCUGGAAACUAGAGAUAGUCACGUUACUUGGUACCUUUUAAGGUUUAGAAGCUGCUUGAAACAAUGAACAAUUGUCACAAUAUGAAUACUUGAAUUUUUCUGACAUUUUAUAUCUUAAUAAACAAUGACCUCUAAAACAAAUAGGCCUCAAUUUAUUGUCUCCUUCAGCUUGUUCCACACAGGAGAAGAAUGGUUGGUUACAAGAGCAGUAAAGAUGCAUUCAGGACUGACCGAGCUGAUGAAAAAGCCUCUUAUUCUACGACAGACCAUGACUAGACCUAUAGCAUGAUAAUAAAGAAACCUUGCCUUGUGCUCACAAAGAAAGUACAUGUGACUAGAUCACGUGUGAAACAUGUGAUCAAAUCACAUGAUUCAAGCACACAUAGUUUUUCAGGCAUUUCAUAUAAAUUCACAGCCUAUUAAGCACAUGUGGGUUUCACAAAUGAAACGCUUCCGUUGAUGAUUCUGCACGGUGAUGUUUGAGGAAGGUGGAGUUAAUAGGGUCACUUGAAAGACUCCUUUGGUAAAUAUUUAAACACAGCCUGACACUAUAUAGAAAGCCUGAGGUCGCCAGUGGCU